GAACUUUGCCUUGAUGGUGGCCAAUACAUUGGAGACUCGCGCCAUCAUCUUUAGACAAUCAGCCUCUAAGGGAUGUGGAGUGGAACCCAGUCCCUGGCACUGAGUUAUGUUGGGGCAUGCAUACGCUUGGACAUGCCAUGAGAUCCCAUGCUGUGGAACAUGCCAGCUCUCCAUUCGCGCUCCUGAGUGUUGGCACUGCUGCCAUGGACAGCUAUGGGAUUCCGGGUUCCUGCAGGAAGAAUGUUACCUUUAAAUGCCAGACUGAGACUCAACAGACAAAAGAGCUGUAGAAGAUGUGCAAAGAUAUCUUUCAGCAGGGCAGCACCAGUGAAUUUUGCUCCUUCAUGAAUUCAACCUUAGUGAAUUUGGAGACCAUGUGUGCAGAGGACAGAGCAGCAUCGCUGGAGGAAGUUGCUCGCCCCUUUGGUUCCUUCCUGAAUAGCUCCAUCCUCAGUGCUGGUGGGACUGAGAGAAAGAGGGACAUGGCCUCCGCCGUGACCUUCCUCCUGCAGAGUGUGGAACUGGCUGCACUGACGGUUGCUUUGCGGUCUCCGGAGAAUAAGACCCAGAACGUGACAACAGAGUUUAUGGCUAUCGAGACGCUCCUCGUCCCAGCUGCAAGUUGCUGUGAUGAGGUCUUCAGGCUGAGAGGUCAGGAGGAGACAAUAGACAUUCACUGCAAUGCCGUCGCCAGAGCAGCCACAGAAGAUCCUUGGGUUGUUGCUUUUAUUUCUUACUCCACCCUGGGCUCCAUCAUUAACACGGCAUUUCUCGACGAGGGAGAUCUAAUGGCUGAUGAGAAAAUGAGGAAUUUUCACCUGAAUUCCAGGGUGGUGAGUGGGGCUAUCGGAGAUGGGACGCCCAUGAACCUCUCCAAACCUGUGAAUUUCACCCUGCGCCAUAGACAGGCAAAGAAAGAGGAGGAAGAGGCUUGUUGCGUUCACUGGAAAUUCAUCGCUGGGAAAGGCACCUGGGCUGAGGAUGGCUGCAAAAGUCUCCAGACGAACAGCACUCACACCAUCUGCAGCUGUGACCGUCUCUCCAGCUUCGCACUCCUGAUGGGUCACACCAGAAUGGAGGAGAGUUAUCCACUGACUGUUGUCACCUACGUGGGUCUGACCUUCUCCCUGCUGUGCCUCCUCCUCGCUAUCCUCACCUUCCUCCUUUGCCGCUCCAUCCGCAAUGUCAGCACCUCUCUCCACCUGCAGCUCUGCCUCUGCCUCUUCCUGGCCAACCUGCUCUUCCUCACCGCGGUGACCCGCACCCGCAGUGGGGUGGUGUGUGCUGUCAUUGCUGGCUUCCUACACUACCUCUUCCUGGCCAGCUUCACCUGGAUGUUCCUGGAGGGGCUGCACCUCUUCCUCACCGUCCAGAACCUGCAGGUCAUGAAUUACACCAGCGCCAGCCGGUUCAAGAAGAGAUUUAUGUACCCGUUCGGCUACGGAUUCCCCGCCCUGGUGGUGGCUAUUUCUGCAGCGGUGAAUCCUGGAGGCUAUGGAACUUCCAACCACUGCUGGCUCAGUCUGGAGAGAGGAUUUCAUUGGAGCUUCCUGGGACCAGUCUGUGCCAUAAUCCUGAUAAAUUUAACAUUUUUUAUUGUAACCCUCUGGAUCCUGAGAGACAAACUCUCCUCCCUUAAUGAAGAUGUGUCCACUCUCAAAGACACCAGGAAGCAACUCGCCCUUUCGACUCCCUCCUGAACAGCAGCUCCCUCCGGGCCGGUGCCAGCGAGGGAGAGGUGGCAUCGGCUGUGACGCUCCUGAUGCAGGCCGUGAAACAGGCCAUGCUGGCCACUGCGCUCCGGUCUCCAGAGAUGAAGACUCAGAACA